CCGUGCAAUUAAAAAAGUUAAUAAAAACCCUACUAGGGUUUGUUUGUUUGGUCCGCGGGUGAAUAGAGGAGCAGCAUUUGUAGUGACGUAGAGAGGCAGCGAAACUCCAUAAUCCGCUACCAUGGGUCGUAUGCACAGUCGAGGUAAGGGUAUUUCGUCUUCAGCUUUGCCGUACAAGAGGACCUCGCCGAGUUGGCUCAAGAUCUCUUCUGGGGAUGUAGAUGAUAACAUUUGCAAGUUUGCGAAGAAGGGUCUGACGCCAUCCCAAAUUGGUGUUAUUCUUCGUGAUUCUCAUGGGAUUGCUCAGGUGAAGAGUGUUACUGGGAACAAGAUCUUGCGGAUACUUAAGGCCCAUGCGCUUGCCCCUGAAAUUCCUGAGGACUUGUACCAUCUGAUCAAGAAAGCAGUUGCCAUUCGGAAGCAUUUGGAGAGGAACAGGAAGGAUAAAGAUUCCAAGUUUAGGUUGAUCUUGGUUGAGAGUAGGAUUCACCGACUUGCUCGCUACUACAAGAAGACAAAGAAGCUUCCACCUGUGUGGAAAUAUGAAUCAACCACGGCCAGCACUCUCGUGGCUUAGGUAAGACACCGAAUUCAAAACCAGCUUUUGGAGUUCCAGGAUUUGAGAGCCAUGGACGACGACGACUCGGUUAUUUUAAUUUUUGAUGUUAUUUAUGUUACAAUGGCUUUAUGGUUUAAUUGAGUUAAAGCUAAUUAGGGAAGAAAAAAGUGUUGGAUGUAUUGGACGAACUUAUCAUUGCACUUUGACCAUUGAAGAUCUUUUUCUUCUUAUUUUUUGGAACCUUGCUGGAGAGUUAAAUUUUAGUUGGAUUAUGAUU